UUUUCACACACAGAAGAAUGCACUCGAAAACACGCACUUUCAUAAUGGAGUUGCUCCCCCUGACAAUACUGCGUUCUCCUGUGCUAUGGGCUUCUUCCGUACAACAACUAGCUUGGUUAUCUCUUCUACAAGAAUACUAAUUAAUCCCACGUUCCACAAUCAACUUUUCGCCUGCCGCUACUCUAGCUCACUCGGUUGAUAUUAGCCUCCCCUCCUGUCAUAUAUCCAAUCGCUCUCAUCGGGCCCUGAGCGCAAUCAUAUUACAAGACGAUCAAGGCGUCACCGACUGCAGCUAGACGACGUAGAGUCCAGAGCGAACGCCUCGUCGACGAACUAAUAGCCCCUCCUCGUUCCAGCCUUUCCGCUUCCGGAACAGGGUCGAUCACCCUUUUCCCACGUGGCAAAGAACGAUCCAUUGGAAUAUUACUCCGACCAACCCACGAUGCCGUCACGGCACGAUCGCCACGACAAGGAUCGCGUCGUGUACGACGACGAGGAUCCCUACUACGACCGGCCGAGGGCGUCACGUCGCGUCUCCCGCAGCGCCCACGAAUACGACGCCGGGGGAGCAGGGCAACACCGCCGCAGCCGACGAUACUCCCCGAGCCCCGUCCGUCCUAGCCGAACCCGCUCCGAAGACCACCGGGCCAGCCGUCCCUCCGCCCGUCGAUACGACAGCUACUACUCAGACUAUUCGGACAGCGAAGACGACAGGCACCGCCGACGAGGUCACGGAAACAGCAGCAGCAGCCGGCGGAGGGACAGCAAGGCGUCCGGGUCGUCGAGGGGCCCACAGCGCCGCGACUCGGUUAAGGCGCACAUACUCCAGGCGGCCGCCAGCGCCGCCGUGGUCGCCGGCGCUACGGAGGCUUGGAGGAUGAGGAACGAGAAGACGUCGUGGUCGAGGAAGGGCACGCGGAUGGCGACGGCCGCGGCGGGCGCGGCGGCAUUCGCGGCAUUCAACAAUAACAACAACGGUAAUAACAACAACCACCACAACAGCCACGGAGGCAAGGACUCGGGUGGGAGCCGACGAGAUGCCCUGCAGGCCACGCUUGGGGGCUUGCUGGUCAACCGUCUGGCCAACGGAGGCGGUCGGAAGUGAACACGAGCGACGGGGGGGAAGAUGGACGCAGCGAUGACCACACAUACGAAAUGAUCUACCGGCCGCUAUUACACAAGGGCCACGGGGUUUAAUGACCUGAUAGACAUGUCUAGAUGACGAUAAUGGGAUACCAGGUGUUCUGGCAUAUACUGAACUCUAUUACUC